AUGAACUACAAAUCAUCAAAUACAGCAGCUCACCAAGAAGAUACUGUUGUUUUGGGGGGAACACACUUCCAGAGACUGCAAGGGAUGCCGCUGCCCGGCUGCCAACCUGAAACCAGCUCUUCCUCAGGUUUUCUCUGUAGACUCUGGGCUGUGCUGGGAACUGCAGAGCAACUCAGACACAGCACUUAGUACAGCAGGCCUGACGGACUUAUGAAGAGGGAGUCCAGACUAAGUGUUCCGGAGUACAGCCCUGCUCACGUGCAUGCCGUCUCUGUGGUGCUACUUGAGCUCAGACUGUGUGUCUCUGGAGGAAAAGACAAGACUGCUGUGGCCUAUAAUUGGAAAACUGGACACGUGGUGAAAAGGUUCAGAGGGCAUGAGCGGGAAAUCACUAAGAUAGCCUGUAUUCCCAAAUCAAACCAGUUUUUCAGCGCCUCUCGAGACAAGAGCAUCCUGAUGUGGGACCUGGAGGGCUCCUCCCAGCCCAGGCAGGAGCUGUCUGGCCAUGCCAUGGUGGUCACUGGCUUGGCUGUGAGUCCAGACUCAUCACAGCUGUGCACCGGCUCUCGCGACAACAGCCUGCUUCUGUGGGAUGUGGGGACUGGACGGUGUGUGCAGAGAGCGUCUGUCUCCAGGAACCUGGUCACUCACCUGUGCUGGGUCCCCAGAGAGCCAUAUGUACUGCAGUCCUCUGAGGAUAAGACCAUCAGAUUGUGGGAUAGUCGGAGGCUUCAGGUGGCUCAUGUGUUUCCCACAAAGCAGCACAUUCAGACCCACUGUGAAGUCAGUGUGGAUGGACACACGUGUAUCUCUUGCAGCAGCGGCUUUGGGGGUGAAGGCUGUGAAGCCACGUUGUGGGACCUAAGGCAGACAAGAGACAGAAUGUCACAUGACUCCACAGUGAAGAUUUGGAACCAAGAUACUGGAGCCUGCCUGUUCACCUUGUCUCUGGAUGGAUCAGGACCCUUGACCUCCCUGGCUGUUGGGGACAUCACCUCCUUAUUAUGUGAGAGUUUCUACAGAGGAGUUCACUUACUCAGAGUGGACUGCAGCCGAGAGCUGGCACUGCAGGAAGUGGCAGCCUUCUAAGGCCAAGACACUGACUAGACAAUAUCAGACCACAGCCCCUCCUUUCUCUGUGGCUUUGUGUUUUUCCACAUGCUCUUGGGGAGUGGGGUACAAGUCUGGUGUUCUUUUCUUAGGGUCACUUAGAAGGCAUAUCCGGGUUAGAUGUUGGUUUAAGUCCAGUGAUUACAAAGUCAGGGUGUGGCCCAGAUUGGUCUUGAACUCAUAGAAACCUUCUUGCCUCAGUCUCCUGACUGUUGGCAUUAAAGGUGUGAGACUGCACACCCAAGAAAAUUCAGGUCUAGAAAUAUGACUCAAUAUAAAGUUCUUAAUCUCAAGGAAAUCCAAAUGGAAUUUUUAUCCAAAUGUGAGCUUUUGGGACUACUCUUCAAAAAAAAUGUACUUAUUUCUCAAGAUGAUGGCUGGGGCCUAAGAGUGGCAAGCCCCUGUGAGCACAAAAACGCGGGCUGGAGUCUCCGUGAAGGACAAUGUUUCGAGACAAAUCAAGUUGGUAAUAGAGGAAGUGGAUGGCAGACAGUGAGAUUAAACUCAGUCACCUCAAAGCCACUUAGGGUAAGAGAGCAAAGGCAUCUAACUCCCUGAGCCUGUGCUGCCCAGGGGCACGCAAACAAGAACAAGGACACUGUCCCAAUUACAGGGAUUAUUAAGCCUGCCCCAUAUUCCAAAAGGCAGAGGGAAUGGGAGACUAAGGCUAAGAAAUAUGCAUCUGUAAUUUGAGUAUUUUUAUUUACAUAAGAAACACUGUACACCUCCAUUCUCCCUACCUCCCACCCCUGGGAACGGCCAGAGUCAAAGGAGUCAUCUCUGGAACGGAACGUGGGAUACAGAGAGAUGGAUUCAGCUGAGCCCGGCAACUGCGCACCCUUCAGUGAGGAGGGUCCAGGCCAUUGUGCAGCUCCCACAAGUCCA